AUGAUCUCAGCGACGAGCGUCGUAACCGCCGACGCCGCAGAAAUGAAAUUGCCUCAGCAGAAGGUCAUUCGUCCGGAAAUCAAACUCACAAACAGACCGAACUACCAUCACGUAAACUUUCUGCUUCAGGCGGCCGCGUUUGUGAAGUGUUCUGGUGCAUCUGAUGCUUUGUCACAAGUAUAUUCUGAUACAGCCGUAGGAGUUAAACAAAAGGGCAGGGUUCGGCUGCACCCAUCGUUGAAGCGAUGCGUUUGCAAAAGAUGCAACGGUUUGCUGACGCCGCCCGCCGGCUCAUCGCUGCGCCUUCGUAAGGUCUCCGGGAAGACGUGCUUGGUUGUAAAGUGCGAAAGGUGUGCGACCGGCAAGCGCUUUGUGGUCAGCGACAAUCACUGUCUGAAGGGCGAGAAGUUGGACGGAUACACAUUGGUGUUUUAA